GAACAUUGUUGGCAAAGUUACUUCGCAUCUGCCUUGCGCGCACCGCUCCUCCUCUGCAGACCACCGCCGACCUCCGCCACUCCGCCCCGCCGCCGCGACUCCACUCCGCCCCUGGCAAGCGUGUGGACUGCACCUGCCCGCACUUGGGUAGGAGAUCCUUGUCCUCCAGCGUUUCUCUGGUUGGCUACCAGCAGCCAGCAGUCACCAUGGCAGCUCCGGCACAUGGGAUGCACAACCUGACCACGCUGAUCAAACGGCUGGAGGCCGCAACCUCGCGCCUAGAAGAUAUUGCUUCGUCCGCACAAAUACCCUACGACAACGACUUUCCCCAACAAAAUGUCGCCCGCGAUGGCCCAACUGCCGCGGGCACCAAGCCUUCCUCCAGCGCUCCUGAGCUCCCCAUCGUCACUCCAUCCUCCUCGCAGCAGACUGUCAAGGCAGCAGAGCCUCUUCCGCCCCGCAUCAGCGACAUGGACGAGCUGAUCAGCAGCGAGGUGAAUGCAUUUCUAGAGGCAGCUAAAGGGCUGGAUCCUUUGGUUGAAGAGCAGGCAGCAGCAGUCGCAAAGGGCUUUGCUGAUCAGAGGAGAUUCUUGUUGGUGACCACCAAGGCGAAGCGGCCGGAUCCGCAAUCGCAGACCUUCAUGGACCUGCUCAAAGACCUUCAGCAAGAUCUGGGCACGGCAGGAGACAUCAAGGAUAGCAAUCGUGGUUCGCCUAUGAAAGAGCACCUGGCCAUGAUCGCAGAAGGCAUCAGCACAUUGCAGUGGCUCGUCAUGGAUGGCAAGCCGGCAGAUGUCGUCGCUGAGAUGAUUGGAGGCGCUCAGAUGUACGGCAACAGGAUUCUCAAGACACACAAGGAGGGAGAUCAGGCACAUGUGACGUUUGUGCGCUCAUACUAUGCGCUGCUGAAUGCGCUCAAGGAGUACAUCAAAAAGCACUACCCCACAGGUGUGACAUGGAAUGCUGCAGGUAUCGAUCCAGCACAGGCGAUGCGCGAGGUCGAUGAGCGACCAACAACGAAUGGCACCGCUGCUCCUCCUGCUCCAGGAGGCGGACCAGCCCCUCCGCCGCCUCCACCCCCUCUGCCAAACUUCGACAAUGUGCAUCCUCCGCCUCCGCCGCCAGGAGGUGCGCCCGCGCCCGCAAAGAGUGGUGGAGAUAUGGGCGCAGUGUUUGAGCAGCUGAACCGAGGCGAGUCGGUGACAGCAGGUCUGAAGAAGGUGGACCGAAGCCAGAUGACACACAAGAACCCAUCAUUACGCGCAAGCUCUGCUGUGCCUGGCGAGGUCGCUCGGGCUAAGAGCCCUGGUCCUGAGAUCAAGCCCAAGCCGGGCUCCUUGCGACAGAACAGCACUUCCUCCGCCAAGGCCGCACCGAAGCAAGGCAAGAAAGAACUGGACGGGAACAAGUGGUUGGUCGAGAACUUCGACUCUCCAUCUGCGCCGAUCGAGAUCGAAGUCAGCAUGACCCAGUCCAUUCUGAUUAGCAAGUGCAAAAACGCCACCAUCAUCUUGAAGGGCAAGGCAAAUGCCGUGUCUAUCGACAAUUGCCCACGAUUGCAAAUUCUGGCCGACACGCUCGUCUCCUCCGUGGACGUAAUCAAGUGUCCCAACUUUGCUCUCCAGAUCACCAACACGGUUCCUACAAUCCAACUUGAUCAGGUCGACGGCGCGAGCAUCUACCUUGGUGCGGAGAGCUUGGCGACAGAGGUGUACACCAGCAAGUGCAGCUCUGUCAACGUUGUUCUGCCGCCUAAGGGAGACGAGGACGAUAGCACCGAGGCUCCUCUGCCCGAGCAGAUUCGCAGUUAUGUCAAGGAUGGGAAAUUGGUCAGUGAGAUCGUCGAGCAUGCGGGGUAGAUUUGGAUUGGAAGCAUUCGUGAUGUGUUGUUAUAGAUAUAUAGAUGCUUGCGGUUGCGGAAUUGUGGGUGCUGUUCCUGUAAGAUGAGACGGUCUAGGAUAGGCGUCGCCAUAUCAUGUACUCGUACGUACGGUGGAAGUGUAUUCGAAGAAAUUGAGAUGGAUUGUGAUCCUCGCC